UUAUUUUUCCAUAUUCAUCCAGUGCAUUUCUUAAACUCGCGCGCGUACGGUAUCGGUGUUGGCAGGAAUCAGUCCCCCACCAAAGAACGCGAUAACAUGUUUGGCUUUAGCACCGGAAGUCCACGUGCCUCAGAGAUGUCAAGUUUGGGGGUGGGGCCUGUUUGUCGAGAACAAAAUAUGUACGUUAGUGAACCCAGUACAGAUGGCCUACUAGAGGAGCUAUUGGAGCAUGCACACGAGGUGUCCUUAUGGGUGGCAGUAGAGAUAUGUAGUGCGUCCUCCAUAAAGGCUCAACUCGCUCUGAUAACCAAAUUCGAGAAUACAGCCCGGUACUGUUGUGAGAUUCGUAACUACAGCACCUGUAUCCAGAUCGUCGACGCUCUGGAGAUGUUUGUGAUCCGUCAGUUACCGGCCUGGAGACAAGUCCCGACAAAGACGACUGAGACACUUGAAGAACUCAAGGCUGUUAAGGUUUUGUUGAAGACAGACAGCUCUUGGUUAAUGAAGAGUGAAGCGUCACGUGAGAAGCCCACAAUUCCUUGCUUCCUUUUGUUCGUGAUUCACGUGCAACAGCAGGAACUUGGAGGGUUUACUUUGCCAAACGACAUGUACAAAUGGACUAAAAUGAGGUCAACAGCCCGAUUAGUGGACCAGAUUCGAUUAUUCAAACAGAUGCCUUACGCCUUCCAAACGGAUGAUGAAGUGAAGGAGAGACUCAAACAGCGUAUACAGGAGUGUAAAAGUGAAAACCUUCAUGCCCUUGCGUCUGAAAACGCUAGUAACUUUCACUUAUCCUCCUCGCAAGGUUCCAAAAAAUUCCACGAUGCCUUUAGGAAGAUGAAAGCUACUUUUGGUGGUCAUAAUUGAAGAUGUCUUCAACACGGUCAUCUCGCUGUCACGAUUAGCUGUCUUUUCAUAUCAGACGUUAUUUAAUUGUUGAGUUAGUUCUGAUGAAUCACAAUGACCUCCAAGAUUAAUAAUUGAGAGGGAGGGGAGGGAGAGUCUAAUAUUGAUAACUGAGAGGGAGGGGAGGGGGAGUCCAAUAUUGAUAACUGAGAGGGAGGGGAGGGGGAGUCCAAUAUUAAUAACUGAGAGGGAGGGGAGGAGGAGUGUUUAGAUUUUUUAAGAGUUAAUAGUUUGUAAAGCGUUAAAUUGUGGAAAACGCGAACCAGUUUGUCAGUGAUCGUAAAUAAAUACUAUACUUUCACAUGCGAUUACGCAGAUUUUGGUUCUUCUUAAGAAAGAAGUACAGUGGGCACAUUUAUUUGAAGCUGUGAGUCUGCUAAGAUGAGUUUUCUUAAUUUGCAGAACGUGUUAUUUCACAUCCCGGAGUAACUUAUUUGUAUUUUAUUAAAUGUUCGUCUUGGAGAUUGUAUAUUUGUAGAAAUAGGAUCUUUUUGUAUCAUAUUCUAUUUAGAGUUGUUUGAUGAAAACCCAAACGCGGGAAUUCUUGGAGCUAUAUUGUAUUAUUCAGAUUAGUAUAUUUAUUUAUUGCUUGUGACCACUGUCGGUUUCUCCGAUAGCACAGGAUAUUAAAAAAAUUAUUUCAAUUAAGGAGAAAAUGAAAAACUGAAUAAAUUGAGGUUUGACUUUCA